GUUAGUAUAAAGCAGCACAAAAUGAAGUCUCCUGUGAGAAUCUGUUUACUUGUGUGCUUACUUAUUUCCGUCGCAAACACAGGGAUAAUAAAACGCUUCGUGGAUGAAAUUGAUAUUCCCACGCUUGUUCAGAGACUUGAUGAUCUGACAAAUAGAGUUGCACAGAAUGAGAGAAAAUUAAGAUACCAUCCGGUUGCCUUUAAAGCGCAUCUCUCACAACGUAUGGAGAAUCUUUCACCAAACCAGAGGAUCAUAUUCGACGACGUUCAACUUAACAUAGGAAACGCCUAUCACGGCAAUCUGGGAGGAUUCCUUGCUCCAGUGAACGGAACAUACCUGUUUUCCGUUUCUGUAUGCUCGACAAGUGGCCAUUUCAUUGUCCUUGAUUUAAUGAGAAACAACGAUGUGAUUGGACGUGUGCUUGCAGGCGACAGUCUCUACGAUGACUGUUCUUCGGAAACUACCAUUGCGGAGCUGAAAUCUGGGGACGAGAUAUAUGUGCAGCACCACUUGAACGUUGGCGAUCUUCUUCAAGUUCAACAGCAUACACUGGACAGUUUUACCGGAGCUCUAUUGGCUGUCAUCUAAUGACGAAUGACUUUUAUUUUGUUGAAGAUAGAUGUGUAAUUAUGAUAUACAGCAUAUGACAGGCUUUCGACUUUUCUUUUUUUUUAAUUUUGCUAUGCUAUUUUAUUAUUUGUGAAACUGCCGACAAAAUGAAGUUCUUAUCCUUGAAAACAUCUAGUUCACUGUAAGCAUUGAUGAUUAUUCAUAUCAAAAUCUUUAACUUUAUCUCAAUUUGUAUUUGAUCGUUUUAAUGGGAAUAAGAAAUAUGGCACGUCAAUGCAUGACGAUGAAAAUUCAUGUACUAACCGUCGAAUCAUUUAAAUGACAAAAACAUCGCUGUUAUUUCGUGCACCAUCUCCGUGACCUAGUGGUUAAGGCAUCCGCCUACGGAGCGGGAGGUCGUGGGUUCGAUCACGGGCCGCGUCAUACCGAAAGACGUUAAAAGUUGGUACAAGUAGCUCCCUUGCCUGGCACUCGGCAUUUAAGGGUAGUGCUUGGAAAAGUGGUGUACUCAGUACUGCUUCAACCCAGGAAAGUUGUAUCUUUACACCGAGCACGUUAAAGACCCAAGAGGUCUCUUCGUAAAGAGCUAGUGUAUUGCACCCGGAUCUCUUGUAUCUCACUCUGUUUAUUCAAGUCUUCCGAUGUCUGGAUUUGACUGCGAAUUGUUGUCACUUCUAUCUCAUGUCACUUAUGGCAUUAAAACACAAUUUAAGUUGUGAUGCCGUCACGGCGAGGUCAAGCUAUUAUGGAGCCAGUGGGCGCGGGCAGACCUCGAUAAACUCAAAUAAACAAAGACAAGUUAUUUCGUGUAUAAAAUACCGGAAAAACAGUUAUGUUGUGUAUUAUAUAGUUCAGAUGUCAGGAGCAUUAUAUUUGAAAUGGUUAAAGUCUUAAGUAGGCCGACAUAUGAUUUUUCGCACAACGCAAUAAAACAAACUGUCUUUGGCUAACUUGCAAAUGUUAUGCCUUUGCACUUAUAACAGCAAAAAAGUUUUAAAGAAUUAUUAUCAAACACUUUAUGUGAUCUAUAUUACAAGCGGAACAAAAAUAUC